AUGUCCACCCAGCAAGAUGAAGUGGAACUGCAGUUGCACGGAUUUGCGGCCACAUUUUUUCGGCAGCCGCACCGUCUGACUGUCAUCAAAGUAGUUGUGGAAUCGCCGUUCUUCACCGAAGACACCGAGGUGGACACUGCGCAUCAAGCUUUGGUGCUGUACUUUCUGAGCCUGGCUGAGGAGACGAAACCUUCGCGUGUCCGACUCUCUAGACUGAGUCCCGCCGCUGCGCAGAUGCUACGCCACAUUCGUGACUUCUUGGGUGUGGUCUUUCAGAUUCGCGAGGAUCACGGGGAGUCUGGCACCGUGGUGCUGUCGUGCAUCGGCGCGGGCAUCACCAACACGGCACGUCGGACCUUCUGA